CGGGUCGGAAGGGGAACAAACCGGCGGGCCGGCUUUGAAGGGGGGGUCAGUUGCAGUGUUUCAAGAAGAAAGAAAGUUUUGUGGAGUAAAAAGUCCCAAUGACAGAACUAUCUGCAAACGUACAUUUCCAGCAUGGGCAGCUGACAGAAAACUUCCCUGACAACCACCUGAGCAAUACCAGAUGUUUCAGAUUGAAAUAUGAUGAAGAAGGUGACGAAAAAAACGACAACAUUGACAGACGGCGCCAUGAGAACAGGGAUAAUCCGGAUUCAGAGUCGAAUGGGCAACCACAGAACAGCACUCGGCAAGUGGUGGAACAAGAUGAUGAGGAGGAAGAGCUGACACUGAAAUAUGGGGCAAAGCAUGUGAUUAUGCUGUUUGCGCCUGUCACACUUUGUAUGGUGGUGGUUGUUGCAACCAUCAAGUCUGUCAGCUUUUAUACACGCAAGGAUGGACAGCUCAUCUACACUCCAUUCACAGAGGAUACAGAAACAGUUGGACAAAGAGCUCUGAAUUCUAUUCUCAAUGCUGCUAUCAUGAUCAGCGUCAUCAUUGUCAUGACCAUACUUCUGGUUGUACUUUAUAAAUACAGGUGCUAUAAGGUGAUCCACGGAUGGCUCAUCAUUUCUUCUCUUUUUCUGCUUUUCUUUUUCUCAUUCAUUUACUUAGGGGAGGUUUUUAAGACCUACAAUGUUGCCAUGGACUACAUUACCCUCGCUCUCAUGAUCUGGAACUUUGGUGUGGUAGGAAUGAUCUGCAUUCACUGGAAAGGCCCCCUCCGGCUCCAGCAAGCCUAUCUCAUUAUGAUAAGUGCUCUAAUGGCUCUGGUCUUCAUCAAAUACCUCCCUGAAUGGACUGCCUGGCUCAUCUUGGCAGUAAUUUCAGUGUACGAUCUGAUUGCUGUCUUGAGUCCUAAAGGGCCGCUUCGUAUGCUGGUUGAAACAGCUCAAGAAAGAAAUGAAACGUUAUUCCCAGCACUCAUUUACUCGUCAACAAUGAUAUGGCUGGUGAACAUGGCUGAGGAAGACCCUGAAGCUCAAAAGAGAGCUCCCAAAAGAUCCACUUAUGAUAAACAAGGAAAUCAGACCCAAAGUGGAACUACAGAGGCUGAUGAUGGAGGAUUCAGUCAAGAAUGGGAGCAACAAAGAGAUAACAGGAUAGGGCCUCUGGAUUCAACCCCUGAAACACGAUCAGCUGUUCAGGAUCUCCCCAGUCAUUCUCAAACAAGUGAAGAUCCAGAGGAGAGGGGAGUGAAGCUUGGCUUAGGAGACUUCAUUUUCUACAGUGUUCUUGUUGGCAAAGCCUCAGCAACUGCCAGUGGAGACUGGAACACAACUUUAGCUUGCUUUGUAGCCAUUUUAAUUGGCUUGUGCCUUACUCUCUUGCUGCUUGCCAUUUUUAAAAAGGCCUUACCAGCUCUUCCAAUCUCCAUAACCUUUGGGCUCGUUUUCUAUUUUGCCACAGAUAACUUGGUGCAACCCUUUAUGGACCAGCUAGCGUUCCAUCAGUUUUAUAUCUAGCCCACUUUAAGUUGAAAUCCGUGGACAUUUGUAUUAACUGUAGCAAAUAUGGAAGAGAAGAAUUAUUUCUACCUGCUUCUUAAAAUAGCUGCCAUACUGGGCUCCACUGGAUUCUUCACUGUAAAACUGGUCUCAGCGAAUGUGGUAUGGGACAUUUAAGUCUUCAGCAUUCUGAGCUAUAAAUCUUUGUAAGAACCGUAUGUACUAAAGAUGCCUAUGCUUCCACCAGCAAGAUAACUACUCAGCGCACACGUUUCACCCCACCCCUCCAGAGUACUGAGAAUUGCUCUACAAAGGACAAGUAAAUCAAACUUAAGCUGUCUGAACCACCUGAGGAGUUGGCCUGG